UCAUCUCUUCUGGUUGCAAAUUAAAAAGAGUUUGGUUAUUUUCAUUUCUCUCUUCGACUGCUUUAUUUUCUUUCUCUUUAGCUUUUUGAUGACUGGGUUCUGCUGCUCUCGUUCUGAUACACAAAUUGUACUAGGACAAAAAUCUCAUUCAGGUAAAGGAAAACCUGAUGGAGAAAUCAAGUUUGGAUAUAGUUUAAUGAAGGGGAAAGCUAAACAUCCAAUGGAGGAUUAUCACGUUGCUAAGCUCAUCAACGUCGAAGACAAUGAACUGGGUUUAUUUGCAAUCUUUGAUGGUCAUAAUGGUGAUCAAGUAGCUACAUAUUUACAGAAACAUCUCUUCUCAAACAUCCUCAAAGAUGGAGAGUUCUUGGUUAAUCCUCGAAGAACGAUCGCAAAAGCUUAUAAAAAUACAGACCAAACGAUUCUGUCUGAUACUAGUUCAGAUUUAUGGAAUGGUGGUUCAACUGCAGUGACUGCUAUUUUGGUCAAUGGGAAGGUUCUGUGGAUAGCCAAUGUUGGUGAUUCACGAGCCAUUGUGUCUCGUAGAGGUAAAGCAACACAGAUAAGUGUUGAUCAUGAUCCAAAUAAUGAUGCUGAAAGGAAUAUGAUUGAGAGUAAAGGUGGAUUUGUAACCAACAGGCGAGGUGGUGUUGCUCGAGUGAAUGGUAUAUUAGAUGUGUCUCGUGCUUUUGGUAAUAAGGACCUCAAAGCGUUUAUGAAUAGAGAGCCUGACAUUAAAGAUGUCGAAGUUGAUAGCCACACUGAGAUACUUAUUUUGUCUAGUGACGGUAUUUCAAAGGUGAUGUCUAACCAAAAAGCAGUUGACAUAGUUUUAAAGUUUAAAGAUCCAAAGGAAGCAGCUAAACAACUAGUUAUUGAAGCAUUGAAAAGAAACAGUAAAGAUGACAUAUCUUGCAUUGUUGUCCGGUUUAGAUAGAUUAUAACCAAAAGUUUCAGCUAACGUGAUUUUUGUUUGAGCCUGGUUCAGUUUGUUUUGGUUCUUCGUUACAUAUGCAGUCUCGGUGAUAUAAGUUUGAGAGGAUUAUACUAGAUGUCAACUACUUGACAUCUGAUCAUAUAUAUAGAAAAAAAUAGAUAUUGAUUAAUAAUUUACUAUUGAAGAUAUAGUCUUGGAAUUAUGAAUAGUUGAUCUGUUUGUUAAACUAUGUUUUCAUAAUUUCAUUGGUACAAUAUACAUUUCCCUCCAUAUAAUGAUAUAUUGCAUUGGCUAUCAUCAUAUCAGUAGGCUUCCAUUUAACAGGGCUUUUAUAAAAGGCCUAAACCUAGGCCGAUGAGGCUUUCAGAAAAGCAGUAUGUUUUAUAACCUACAUAAACUAGGGCUUCGAAGCAGGCAGGCAGCUAGAGCCACCUCUAUAUAUAUACCAAUUGCUAUGCAUAGCUCAUAUACAAAUCAAUCACAAGCAUAUACGCUCCAGUGUCAAUGGUUCUGUGUUCUCGUCUAAAGUUUUCAUUAGAUUCUGAGUUUUGUAUGUAUAAGGAAGAAAGAUAUGCCUCUUCUUUCAGCAGCAAGAUCCAUUCUUGUUAGCUUUGUUCUGGAGGCAAAUAUCAAUUCACCAUCAAGAGAGGGCUUUUAUUAUUUGCAGAGCUUCUUCUCUGCAAUUUUUAUCCUUCUCUUUGGUACAUCCACCUUUUUUUUUGAGAAAAAAGAACUUUGAAGAUAACAAAUAAAACAUUAUUAUUUUUAUUUACCU